AUGGCAUCCAAAUAUGUUCACAAUUUGUACGUGAUUCUCUCAAUUGUGGCGGUGGCGGUUCCGAUCGUGGCCACGGUCUCCCUAGGGGCGAGAGCUGGCGGUUGGAAGCCAAUCGGGAAACCGAACGCAGCGCAGGUGGUUGCGAUCGGAAAAUUCGCGGUAGCGGAACACAACAAAGAGAAGAAGACGUCGUUGGUGUUUGUUUGUGUGGAGAAGGGAGAGUCGCAGGUGGUUAAUGGUAUCAAUUACCGGCUCGUCAUCUCCGCCAAGGAUGGCGCCGCUGACAAAACCUAUUCCGCCGUUGUUUAUUCCAGCCUCUCGGGAUCCCAAUCCCUCACUUCCUUCCAACCAAUUGAAAACUAA